CUCAACUUUGUAAAAUAACAGAAGAGAUCAGCGACCGGUAUUAUGUUCAUGACAAACACGCGAAAUUUUAUUCGCCAUUAUUGUCCAGCAACAAGUAGGUUACGUUUAAUACAUCCGUCAAUAUCAAGGCCAUCUUUUGAGUUACAGUUUUGAUUUAUGAAUUAAAUUAUGGUUCGCAAUUAUAUUCGCAAAUCUCAGAGAGGAUCCGGAUAUUCAAAAGAAGAUCUAAGGACUGCUGUAAACAUUGUAAAGAGUGGACAAAUGAGUAUUUACAGAGCUAGCUUGAUCAUAUUCCAAAAAAUACACUUUCGGAUUCGGACCAUGUAAAAGGGCGCAGAGGUCAUAAAAGUUCAACCUAUGGUAGAAGGACAGAUCUCAGUUUUGAAGAGGAGACGUGUCUGGCAUAUUGUAUCCGCUGUAUGGAGAAGUGGGGAUUCGGUCUAACCAGAAAGGAAUUGCUCGGGAUAGUGGAAGAUUACGUUAAAACGAAUAAAAUUAAAACGCAGUUUAAAAAUGACAAACCAGGUGAAGACUGGUUUUUAAAUUUUAAAAGUCGUCACAAGCUUUCUAUUAAAACACUUCAAAGCGUCGAAUUUGCCCGAAAAAAGAAUGUUGAUCCGUUUUUAGUCUACCAGUACUUCGAUUUAUUAGAAAAUACAAUCAAAGAACUUGUAUUAGAGGAUAAACCAUCUCAGAUAUGGAACUUAGAUGAGAGCAGUUUUUGCUCAGACACUUCAAAAACGAAAAUCGUUGGGCAACGGGGACUGCCAGCUACACGGACAACAAGUGGGCCUGGAAAACAGAAUACCACUGUCUUAAUGUGCUGCAGCGCAAGGGGAGAAAAGGCGCCUCCCUUAAUAAUUUUCAAGGGCAAGCACGUCUGGGAUCAGUGGCUUGCACCCCCUGGUAGCGAGUUUCCCGAAAUGACAUAUGCAGCAACCGCCAACGGAUGGAUGGAAAGCACAGUUUUUAAAAACUAUUUUGAAAAAAGUUUCGUUAAGUGUUUGCCUCCAGAAAGACCAGUCUUAGUAAUUUACGAUGGUCAUGCGACUCAUUUAAGUGUAGAAGUUGUUAGAAUUACUAUCGACAACCAGAUAACAAUUUUAAAACUUCCCCCACAUACCAGUCAUAUUUUACAACCACUUGAUUUAAGUGUUUUCAAAUCCCUAAAAACUCUAUGGGAUGCUAAACUAGUAGAAUGGCAGCGUAAGAACGUGGGUAUUAAGAUGCCGAAGAAUAUUUUUUCAAAACUUAUUGGAGAUAUAUGGAGAGAAACAAAUCCUGAAGUACUUCGAAGUGGUUUUGUUAAAGCUGGGAUUUAUACUUAAUGUAAAACUGUUUGUUACUUUGGCAAUUUAAAUACAUAAGUGACGAUAAAUUCUUAUUACUUAAAUAAAAACAAGAGUGUUAUGCAUCGAUAAUGUAUUUUUGUAUCAUUUCAAAAAGGUAUCAGUCCCUUUCUAAGAUCAUCACUCAACUUCUGACUAGGAUAACAUUUAUUUUUCGUGUCUAACCAAUUAUCCAUAAUAUAAAGAUGAUUGCUCUUGCCUC